AUGUUUAUUUAUAUAUUUAUAUAUUUAAUUUGUACACACACAGACACACAUACUUGGAAACAUCCAGUUGUAAUACCAUCUCUCAGCCGCUGCAAACAUCUCAACUCCCUGCACCUGUUACUUCCUUUCAUUAUUAUCACUUUUUUUUUUGAACCUCUCCUUUUGUCCAUUUUCUCUUUUAUCCUAAUUUAUGUAUCCCUGUCGUCUUCUUCAGUUUUUUCUCUCUUAAAUGUUCAAAUGGUGUUCAAACGCUUUUCCCCUUCUUCCCUUUUCCUUCUUUUAUUUUACGAUUCUAAUCAUCAUAUUCUUCUAAAACAAAAAUGGGGGGAUUUCAGACAGGAGGGAUAA